AUGGCUGACUUCUCUCCCGAGUCGCCGCUCGCCGCGCAGCUUCAGCAAGUCGUGCAGCCCAAGCUUGCAGAGAAUGGAUGGACAACAGGCGGCGACGACACAACGCUGUUCGAAUACAUCCUCCUCAUGCUGGCCAACGGCAAAGAUCAGUCACAAGUCGCGGCAGAGCUGUCAAACGACCUGCUUGACCUCGGGCCUGAAAACACAGAGACACAACUGUUUGCGCAGUGGUUAUUUGGUCAGAUCGACGCGUUGCAGCGGCAAGCUGCUGGGGGCGCCGCACAGAGCGCGCCUUCCGCAGACCAGCCCAUGGACGGCGGUGCUCCAGCAUUCGUACCCAGCGGGCAUGACACCGAUAUGGAGGGCGCUUCAGAAGCACAGGAGGGCAUCCCCACAGGGCCAAAAGCCAUGCGCAACGGCAGCGGGGCACCGUCAACACGUGGUGGACCCCGCGGAGGGCGCAACAUGCUCAACCAGAUGAACAGACAGAUGAAUCGAAACGACGACCCAUUACAUCGCGUUCGUGGGGGCGGAGGCGUUGGUAGAAAUAACCGUGAUCCGCCACGGGGCCCCCGUGGCCAGAACCUCGGUCGCGGAAUCGAAGCCAUGGCGAACGGAAGGGGCAUGAACCAAGUCGGUAACAUCAACGGCGCCCCAGGACCCAUGAACGGCAUGAACGGCAUGAACAUGGGCGGCAUGCCCGGGAUGCCGAUGCCACCUAUGGGAGGUCAGAACGGCGGCAUGAAUGGCGGAGUGGGCCUGAAUCAGCAGCAGCAGAUGGCUCUUAUGCAGAUGUACGAGCAACAGGCCCAGAUGAUGCAGCAGAUCUUCUCCGGCGCAACGCCCACACCCUACGUGAACCCCAACUUCAACAACAGCAGAGGAGGUCGCGGUGGGCGAGGCGGGCGCGGAGGACGUGGUGGCCAGCACCAGGGCAUGCAUCAGUCUACCAAGUUCACAAAGAAGGACGGCCAGGACGAUGCGAUGGCCGACGGCCCCGCAGGCGAGAACGGCGACGGCAUGGAAGUUGAGAACACAAGGCCCGAUGCCUCAGCAACUAUGUGCAAGUUCAACCUUCGAUGCACCAACCCAGACUGCCAUUUUGUCCACCAGUCACCGGCCGCUCCCCCUGGUACCACUGUGGAUAUGGAAAGCACCUGCGAGUUUGGUGCCGCGUGCAAGAACAAGAAGUGCGCAGGAAAGCACCCCUCGCCGGCACAACGACAGAAGUUCCAGUCCGAGCAGGAGUGUGCAUUCUGGCCGAACUGCCGUGAUCCGGCCAACUGCCCGUACAAGCACCCUUCAGCACCGCCGUGCCGCAACGGAGCUGAUUGCACAACACCUGACUGCACAUUUUCGCACAGCUCGGUGAUGUGCAAGUUCAACCCAUGCUUGAACCCGCGCUGCCAGUACAAGCACAACCCAGGCCAGAAGAAGAACAACACGAACGUGUGGGUCGCACCCAAGGAAGGCGAGCACGUCAGCGAGAGGAAAUUCAUCGAUGAGAACCGUGAAGAGGAGCUCAUCAUCCCUGGUCAGGAUAACCAGAAUGGUGUGGCGCAGGCAGCUGAGAGCAUGGACCAGGACGCAGCAUUAUAG